UGCUGUGUAGCUACGCUAGCUGAGCUAGCCGAGCUAGCCGUCGGUGUGGAGCAGGAGUGUGUCGGUGCUGCUGCCGUGUCAAUGGUCUCCGCCUCCAGGCUCCGUCUGAUUUGGCGUCAUUUUGUCAACAGUGGGAUGGGAGAGAUGGGCUCCAAAGCCCAAAUGCCGACUCAAGCGACAGCGCUUCCCGGCCGGACCGAAGCCAUCAAAGUAUCCGCCAAACACGACGUGAGCGGGAACAGGAUUGUUCCACCUUUCCCAGAAGGGACAGAGACGGCUGUAUUUGGCAUGGGCUGCUUCUGGGGAGCAGAGAGAAAGUUCUGGAGACAAAAUGGGGUUUAUUCCCCCCAAGUGGGCUACGCAGGAGGAUACACAGCUACCCCCACCUACAAGGAAGUGUGCACAGGUAUGACCGGCCACGCCGAGGUAGUGAGAGUCGUCUUCCAUCCGGAGCAGAUCAGCUUUGCCGGCCUGCUCAAGGUGUUCUGGGAAAGCCACAACCCGACUCAAGGGAUGCGUCAGGGGAACGAUAUGGGGACGGCAUACCGCUCCGUCAUCUACGCCGACACAAAGCAGCAACUGGAGGAAGCUCUGGCCUCCAAAGGUCAAUACCAGAAGGUGCUGAGCGAGGAAGGUUUCGGCGCCAUCACAACAGAAAUAGCCGACGGCAAGCCUUUCUACUACGCCGAGGACUACCACCAGCAGUACCUGAGUAAAAACCCUGAUGGCUACUGCGGUCUGGGGGGGACGGGGGUCUCCUGUCCAAUCGGAAUCAAAGCCAAGGCCUAGAUUGCCAAGAGCCAUUUUGGUCUAUGAGAAUGCAACAAUGGGGGUAAUUAAAGAUUUAAGAUGCUUCCAGCAUCAGAAAGCUUUGUGUUUGAAAUACAUGCAUCUCCAUGCAUGAAAACCAAAAGGAUGUAUGAUGUAACCCAGGGACACGCAACAGAAAGUGCAGCGCAGACGCCCAUAAAGGCUGCCCGUCUCCUCAGCACUUUGCGGUUCGAGAACCUCCCAGUGCACCAAGAUAUUCGCCAAUGGCGUGCGUCGUUGCAUCGAGUCACUUUAACGCAAGCAGCAGCGCAAUUUCCUAUGUUAGAUGUGCAAAAUGUAUGUAAUCUAGUGAAAAGACGAUUGUCACACUGCAAGAAAAUCAACAAUUGAUAAUUGAUUUGCAACACUACAUUGAGGCGUUUGGUAUGAGAGAAAUUUAUUGGUUUGUCCAUUUAUUACAAAAAGCAUUUCUGCAUCUGCUGCUGUUAAAUUUGAUAAAUUUGGCGACCCCAGUCCUACACAGUCUCCUCCCCAAAUGCAAUCAGGAAGGCAUCUAAUAUGAUGUGUGUGAGUCCACUAUUUACCUUUUUGCUUAGAUAAAUUAACGAUUAAAUGAUAUGUUUUAUGCUCAGGUUGAUUAUUAAUCUUCAACUUUGAAUACAGUACUUUUGCAGAGAAAUAAAAUCCAAUUAAAAGCUUCUGAAAUCCAAA